GUCACGAAAUUCCAGGAUGAGUUCCGAGAUCCGUCAAUGGAACUCGAGGUGGUUAUCUCAUUUGGCCUCAUUUAUUCGCUGAUAUUUGUGCUUGGUGUGAUCGGUAAUGCUUUCGUUAUAUUUCUGACGUUGAGGCAUCGAAAACUGCAAACCGUUCAGAAUAUGUUCAUAUUGAAUCUGGCUGGUGCUGAUCUUGUUGUGUGUAUAUUUUCGUUGCCAAUCACACCAAUAACAAAUGUCUAUAAGAACUGGUAUUUCGGCUCAACCAUGUGUCAUGGCUUACCGUGGAUGCAAGGAAUUGCCGUCUUCAUUGGCACCUUUAGUCUAUGUGCUAUUUCAAUUGACAGGUAUAUUAUGGUAAAAAUGCCAACCGCUCAAAUUAUCAAUAAAACCAUGCGCAUUUAUUUGCCUAAUGCAAAAUUGCUUUUUCAGCGCUCAAUGUUGAUCACUGUUAUUCUGUGGACACUUUCGAUUGUUUUCACACUUCCGUAUGCGAUGUAUAUGGACGUGAUUGUUGUGGAUGGAAUUUGUGGACAAUUCUGCACUGAAAAAUGGCCUGAUUCUGGCUUGAGGCAUACCUAUACGGUUCGUUACCUAUCCAGCAGCACUACUCUCAUAUGGCAAAGUCACUACUGGAUGCGAAUGGGUGAAAUUUGCGUAGUUAAAGAGCAGGGCAGCGAAACUGAAUCGAUCAUUGUUAUUUGA